AAGAAGAAAUAGGUUAUUUUUCAUGUAUUUUUAUUUUCAACUUUCUACCCUUAAAUAACAUCAAAAUAAUAAGCUUCUUCAAAUUACCUAAUCAUCGGAUGCUUUGAAUUUAAAUGAAACUUAAACAAUGUUUUCAAAACCUUUUAUUUUAUUCUCAUCGGUUCAACAAUUUAACUACUGCUGUAGAUGUAAACCAACAAGUACUGUAGUUUUAAAACUGUUAACAGAUGUAAAAAGUUUUAAGAGAGGAGAGUUCCUCAAUCAUCAGUUGUUUUGUACUGGUCCAGGAAGAAGCAAUGAAUCAGUAAGCCAAGAUGUGAAGGUGUCCAAAGACUUUAAAGCCAUUUAUGAAGAGAACAGAGAAAAGCUUAAACAUACAGAGAAAAAAUUGAAGGAAAGGGGACAGUUUUUGCUAAAUGAUAUUAAAGAAACUAAAAAUAAAGUUAGGGAAAAAGUGGAAGAAGUAAUUGAGAGAGAAAAUGUAUACACAAUACCAAAUUUUUUAUGUGUGACCAGAAUAGCUUUAUCUCCAUAUUUGGGAUUUUUGAUAGUUCAGACGCAGUUCGAUAAUGCUCUUUUUAUAUUAGGGAUAGCAGCUGUCACAGAUUUGCUAGAUGGUUGGAUAGCAAGAACAUGGAAGAGUCAGUCCUCAAAAAUUGGUAGUUUCUUAGAUCCAAUGGCAGAUAAAAUUUUAAUUGGGACAUUGUUCCUGACCCUCACUUAUGUGGAUUUAAUCCCUCUAGUUUUAACAGGAUUAAUUAUAGCUAGAGACGUCCUACUUGUAGCCGCUGGAUUUGUAAUAAGAUAUCUUUCUCUUCCUCCUCCUAGAACAUUAAGUAGAUAUUUUGAUAUGACUCAUGCCACUGCUCAACUAGCCCCUACAUUUAUAAGCAAAGUUAAUACAGCUGUACAGAUAUUGCUAGUCGGUUCAACAUUAGCUGCUCCAGUGUUUAAUUAUGUUGGACAUCCUGCCUUGGAGGCACUAUGGUAUAUCACUGGUACAACGACAGUAGCUGCAGGACUGAGUUACUUGUUAUCAAAAAAUACAUAUAGAAUGUUAAAAAAAUCUAAUAGUUAAAAAUCGGUAGUUAUAAGACCAAAUAUAAAGAUGUUUUUAAUAAAGUAUUGUUACGUUUUUAA